CACUCAAACGGCUUUUAUUAUUAUUGAUUAUCGAUUGAUUGAUGUCGGAAGGUUUUUUUUACGCAGAGAAGCUUGCGAUAUAUCCAAGCCGAGGGAGAUCAUAUUUAAUUAACAGAAUCGCGCACUCCGCAACCCAAUCUUCCCAUACCAUACCAGCUCUCAACUCAACAUCAGCUUCCAUUAAAUUAAUACUAUAUAUGCACGAAGCUCUAAACACAUAACUAGCAGAAUAUAACGCGUCGAGUCGACCAUGGCCACCAUCCGGCGCAUGACCCCCGCCGACCUUUUCUCCCUCAACCUCACCAACCUUGAUGCUUUGACAGAAAACUAUGACCUCCAUUUCUACCUCACCUACCUAAUGAAAUGGCCGUCGCUCUUCAACGUCGUGGAAGAUCGUGACGGCCAGAUAAUAGGCUAUAUAAUGAGCAAGCUUGAAUCUCAACGCGCCUCAAUGAGACACUCGGAGCACUACACACCAUGGCAUGGCCACAUUACAGUAUUAACUAUUGCACCAGCUUGGCGCAGAUUGGGGCAUGCACGCCGGCUGACAGAGAGCCUGGAGCGGGCGUCUGAUAGAAAUGAUGCGUGGUUUGUGGAUUUAUAUGUGCGGGCGGGCAAUACGAUUGCGGUGGGAAUGUAUAAAGGGAUGGGAUACUCCGUGUUCAGACGGGUGGUUAAUUAUUACAGUGACGACCCAACGGGUAUGUCGGAGGAAGGGGAAGAUGCGUUCGAUAUGCGAAAGCCCCUCAGUCGAGAUAAAGAGCUCAAACAUACCCGUGAGAACGGGGAGAACUUUUUGGUCAGCCCGGAAGAUGUUUACUAAAAUGAAAUUGUAUGCCACAAUAAAACUUCUUACUUUACGUCCUUUGACAUGCCAGAUUUAUUGAGUGUGUGGUUACUUAUCACUGUGAUCUUUCUUGGAAGUGAGCUAGAGUUGAUUUUGUUAGGGAGGAGGGAGUUUACAACUUUAUGAAGCUAGUUACCUGGAGUUUACAUGCACUAAACCAUUUUACAACUCCUCCUUUGCCCAGACGAAUAAUGCCUCGCGUAUGGCCACCUAUAUGCUGGUAUUUAAAGGCCUUAACAGAAAAAUGAAGACAAGGGGUUUGAUGAGACGUCGCUCUGUGUCAAGAGAAUAGGAUUAUAUUUGCAGCGAUAAAGCCAUAUAAACUCAACGUAUAUGCAGAGGAAACGUGAAAAGACAUGCAGAAAGGCGCUAUGAGUGAGGUAUGUACAGCCAAAUCGUAUAAUAUGUGCGAAGAUGCCAAUGACCAACCCAGAUAAAAUAUUCUCAACACCCAGACCCCAGUCCAAUGCUGAUGUAAAAAAGGAAAUGCGUAUUUUGCGAAUUGCUGCAUUGGAAGUAAUCAGUCACGAACACUCCAAUUUGAACUUUACAAACCUGUAACUACCAUCCCAUCAUGCAGAUGCGAAAAGCUUUGGCCCAGUUGACAAGAGUCGAGCCACCAUCAUGACCCCAGCGGCGACAACAAAGCAGACGCCCACCAGCACUGCCACACCCACAUAGCUCCCAGUGCCAUGAACGACAGCGCCACCAAUAGGUGUCCCCACUAACGACCCCAGAGAACACAAAACAAACGACAUUCCCAAGCGGGUGCCAAAAUCUCGCAUAUCAGGCGUGAUGUUCAUAAACACAACAGGCCCCACGGAUGUGAAACCGCCCGCAGUAAAUCCGUAGAGGACUACUAGGGCGAUUACCCCUGCUGUGGUGUGUAUCCUGAUCCACGAAAUAGCCAGGAUACCGGAGAGGAGGGUCAUGGGGAUCAUGAUAUUUAUGGGACCAAUGUAAUCGGCCAUGAAAUUAGGGAAAAUACGCCCGAUUAUGGAGCUGGCGUUGAGCAUGGAAACGAGGUAGAAGGCAAGGUGUUCGCUCAUUAUGCCGUUUUCGAUUACGUAGGGUUGUAUAUGGACGACCACGUUAUAGAGACCGAUGAAACCGACGAACUGUGCAAUGCAGAAGAGGGUGAACACUGGAUCCUUGAAUGCCGAGAGUUGAACAAGCGCACGCUUCUCCUGUGGCUUGAACCGUACAUGGAGCAAAGACAGUGCUAUCAAACCCGUUGCGCAUGCGGUAAAGCCUAACACCCGAGUCGCCCACGCGAAGCCGAUUUUCAAUUGGAGCUGGCUGAACAUUAUCGGAUAGACCACGCCGCCCAGGGCCGUACCCGUAGCUGCUACUCCGUUUGCCAGUGCUCGUCGACGUUUGAAGUACUGCGGAAUAAUGGCCACACUGGGAACAAACACGGCUCCAGACCCUAGGCCGACACAGAAGGCUUGCGAAAGCAUGAUCUGCCAAAAUGUGGUAGAUAUGCUGGUCAUCAUUAGCCCAAACGAAUAAAGAGCCCAGCCGACUAUCAGCAGAUAUCGGGAGUAGCCAGCGUCAAACAGAGGGCCCGUGAUGGCACCGACGAAUAACAGGAGGAACGACUGUAUCGAGCCGAUCCAUGCUAUUGUCGAUGGCGACUCAUCCGCAAGUAGGUGUUGUUCAUAGUAAGUUUGGAAACUGCCAUAUGUAAGUACAAUUCCCCUGUAUUAUACAUACUUUUCCAGUUAGUUACGGUUGCUUCACAAAUAUACAGGAUCUCUCAGGGGCCUGGAGAGGGAGUAUGAAAAAUUGAUGUCUUAAAUAUACCAGCUGUUAAAGAAGAGGAAGAAAGCAGCGAGCACUUGUGACCAUGCUUUCCAGCCGCGAUCAUAAAUGAGCUCGGCAUUGUCAAAUGACAAUAUGUUAUUCUUCUGAGGUUCCUCUUUCACCUCAAUACCUCCAGAUGAUGAAGAACAUGUCGUUGGAAGGGCAGCACCAAUUUUGUUGCAAGAAAGCUCUCCCAUAGCCGUCGGCCCAACCGAGAGUACUUGAA